AUGUUGCGUCAAUUAAUCUUUUUAUUUGCUGUGCUCAACUUCGAGGUCCAACCUCUUUUGAUGUUUGAGAAGGUGGAAAGUGAAAAUGCUUGUCUUCUCGCUAUGUGUGAUGCUGAUUCUGGGUGCGUUCCGAAGGGAUGCUCAAUAGAUCAGAAUGAACGAAUUGGUUGUGGAUAUUUUCGAUUAAAUAUAUACCAAUUUAGACAAUGCUAUCAACCCGGACGUCAAGAUGAUGAAGAUGAGGAAACAGCUUGGAUUAAAUGCUCUGAAGACUAUGAGUGCUCAGCGCAGUGUAUAAAGACUAUAAGUGCUCGUUACCGUGUGAAAUGCUAUGGAAAAUCUGAUUGUGAAGCCAUGGCAAGAAUCCACGAUGGUGGAGCAAAUGGUUGCCGCGACAGAAACACGGCAUUCUAUUGGAAAAAAGUUCGCGACGCAUGCGGAAGUGCUUGUAGUGGAAGCUUUAUCACUCGUCACAGACGGCAAUUAUUCUGA